CGGAGGUGGACGGCCGGAGGGACAGUCGGCCGCGGGGGCGAGCGCGCAGGCGCCUUCCUGGGACCCGCUGCAGGCGCAAAUUCCAGCGGCCGGCGGGCGGCGGGUCAGCACAUCUCCUAACUACUACUCAAACCAAGAAGCAAGAUUCACAGCAUUUCAGACCUCUGUGGACACCCCUCCCAAUCACCAUCCCUUCUUUCCUCCUCAAAGGCUACUUCUACACAGACAUAAUCAAUUUUUGACUAUUUGGCAACCAAGCAUCAUUAAAACCCUCUCAAACUUCUAAUUGCGAAGAAUCGAUAACAUUUGAAGAAGUGAUAACAUUUCUCUGAACAAGAAGGGAAGUGACUGACCGCAUUUUAAAAGUACUCUGGCACUGGUGCUGUGUUUUCUUCCCUUCCCUAAAUUUGAAGAACUAUGGAGAAAUGGUACUUGAUGACAAUAGUGGUUUUAAUAGGACUAACAGUACGGUGGACAGUCUCUCUUAAUUCUUACUCAGGUGCUGGAAAACCCCCUAUGUUUGGUGAUUAUGAAGCUCAGAGACACUGGCAGGAAAUUACUUUUAAUUUACCAGUCAAACAAUGGUAUUUUAACAGCAGUGAUAACAAUUUACAGUAUUGGGGAUUGGAUUACCCACCUCUUACAGCUUAUCAUAGUCUCCUGUGUGCAUAUGUGGCGAAGUUUAUAAAUCCAGACUGGAUUGCUCUCCAUACAUCACGUGGAUAUGAGAGUCAGGCACAUAAGCUCUUCAUGCGUUCAACAGUUUUAAUUGCUGAUCUGCUGAUUUACAUACCUGCAGUGGUUUUGUACUGCUGUUGUUUAAAAGAAAUCUCAACUAAGAAAAAGAUCGCUAAUGCAUUAUGUAUCUUGCUGUAUCCAGGCCUUAUUCUUAUAGACUAUGGACAUUUCCAAUAUAAUUCUGUGAGUCUUGGCUUUGCUUUGUGGGGUGUCCUUGGAGUAUCUUGUGACUGGGACCUGCUAGGGUCACUGGCAUUUUGUUUAGCUAUAAAUUAUAAACAGAUGGAACUUUACCACUCCUUGCCAUUUUUUUGCUUUUUACUUGGCAAGUGUUUUAAAAAAGGCCUCAAAGGAAAAGGGUUUGUAUUGCUAGUUAAGCUAGCUUGUACUGUUGUGGCUUCCUUCAUUCUCUGCUGGCUGCCAUUCUUUACAGAAAGGGAACAAACCCUGCAGGUUCUAAGAAGACUCUUCCCAGUUGAUCGUGGAUUAUUUGAGGAUAAAGUCGCCAAUAUUUGGUGCAGCUUCAGUGUCCUUCUGAAGAUUAAGGAUAUUUUACCACGUCACAUCCAAUUAAUAAUGAGCUUCUGUUUUACAUUUUUGAGCCUGCUUCCUGCAUGCAUAAAAUUAACACUUCAGCCCUCUUCCAAAGGAUUCAAAUUUACACUGGUUAGCUGUGCACUAUCAUUCUUUUUAUUUUCUUUCCAAGUACAUGAAAAAUCCAUUCUCUUGGUAUCAUUACCAGUCUGCUUAGUUUUAAGUGACAUUCCUUUUAUGUCUACUUGGUUUUUACUUGUGUCAACAUUUAGUAUGCUACCUCUUCUAUUGAAGGAUGAACUCCUAAUGCCCUCCGUUGCGACAACAAUGGCAUUUUUUAUAGCUUGUGUAACUUCCUUUUCAAUAUUUGAAAAGACUUCUGAAGAAGAACUACAGUUGAAAUCCUUUUCCAUUUCUGUGAGGAAAUAUCUUCCAUGUUUUACAUUUCUUUCUAGAAUUAUACAAUAUUUGUUUCUUAUUUCAGUAAUCACUAUGGUGCUUCUGACGCUGAUGACUGUCACACUGGAUCCUCCUCAGAAACUACCGGACUUAUUUUCUGUAUUGGUGUGUUUUGUAUCUUGCUUGAACUUCCUGUUCUUCUUGGUAUACUUUAACAUUAUAAUCAUGUGGGAUUCCAAAAACGGAAGAAAUCAGAAGAAAAUCAGCUAGCUGUAUUCUUAAACAAUUGUGAAAAUAUGAACAGUGCUAAAAGGUUUUGUGAACUUUCUGCUUUGUAUAAGGAAAAUUACCUAAAAUUACCAUUUUGAGAAAACCAUGGAACUACAGGAAACAGUGAAAAGUCAUUGUUGUCUACACAAAAUAAAUGUAUAUGGAGAUCAAAG